AUGUGUGGAGUAGUUUCAACAGAGUUUCCACAUCUCACCGCUGGUAAAUUGGAACACGCACUGGCCUCUGAUGAUGUGCUGGCUCACUUCUUCAAUGACUUCUUAAGUCUGCCGUCUUUCUCAGAGGCUUUGCAGUACAACCAGGAGACAGGGCUGUUUGAGGUGGUGAGUGGGGCAGCUGAAUCUAUCUGCAGAAGAAAGAGAACAGUCCUGCACUGCAGCAAAUCACAACUACUUACCAGUAACCCCACAGUGCUGACCAGAACUCCUCCUGUAGACAACCAUUACACUGUUUAUUGUCUGGACAGAGAACAAGGAAUUCAGUGGAUCAUGGAGGAAAGAUUCCCCUUUUUCCUUCAAAGUGAUUACUACAUUGAAUACAGACUUGCCAAGUUGUUGUUUCAGUGGGACCCCCACCUCUGUAUCCAGAGAAGGAAAAGAAGCUCAAGCCGAACCACCAACUUCACAUAUCAACCCUCUGGCCAGAGGGAACAUAUCAAUGCAGAAUGCAUGGAAUCAUCCAGAUGUUUCUCCAGCUGUUCUGAGCCAGACAACCCUUGUACCUUUUCCUCUUUUCCCUCCUCAUAUUCCUCCUGCUCCUCCAACCUGCCAUCAGCUGGCAACUCAGAGAGGCAACAUCUCCAAGAGUCCAGCGGCCGGGAUUUUGAGUCUUCACAACUACAGCUGGAGUACCUGGCUGCUGGAGUGGUUAAACAGGUGCUCAACAAUGCCCUGAAAGGCAAUAGACCAGGCUUGGAUGCGUUCAAGGAGUUUCUGCGGGGAACGCCAGGGGAAAAGCUAAUUAAUCUCUGGAUGGAUAUAGAAAAACUGAAAGCUACACAGCACAGAGAGCGGAAGAACAGGUACUUGGUCCUGAUGAGGAGCCGGUACCUGCUGAGCAGCAGUCAGAGCAGCCUGAACACAGAGCUGCUCUCCAGACUGGAACUGAAGACCUCCCCCUGCUGGACAGAAGAGAAACUGUGUUCAGUUCAGCCCUGCCUCACUGAGGCUCUGCUCUACUACUGGGCCCCACGGUUCUGGAAGUCUCAGUGUGUUCAUGAAGACCAUGAUGACACCUCUAAUUUCUGCUCUGGCAGAAGUCAGUUUCUGGAAGGCAGGAGGAUGGAAAAGAUGUUACAGGCUCUCAGUGUAGACUCACGUGCCGGCUUGUACUUCACACACUUCUGUGUACAAUCUGGAAAUCAGCUUUGGGAGAAUGCAGUUUACUUCUGGACUGAUCUGCGGCACUACCAUGAGCUGUUCUACCAGGAUGGGAUGGACCCGUACAGAGUACAGAGAGAGGCACAGCUCCUAUACUCCACAUAUCUGUACACCUCUGCUAGAAGGAGCGUUGGUGUGGAUGAGGAGAUCAGGAGGAAGGUGUACAACAGACUAAUGCCGGCUUUUGAGGAGCUGUUUGACGAGGUUGAGGAACACACCCUGAACAUCCUGCUGCAGCCAUGGACACUGCUGGUAGGCAGGGAUGAAGAGUCCUUCCAGAAGGUGUGUGUGCAGGAGGAGGUCCACAGGGUUGAAAGUCAGGAGUACACUGAACUCCAGAGUGUGUAUGAGGAAUCAGAGCACCGACUGAAACAGGUGCAGCAGUCUGGGUCCAUACUAUCUCCCUCUCCUAUUGCUUCUUCUACUCCCUCCUCAAAGGGCCUCCAAGCACCUAUCUCUUGGUCCAGUGCGUCUCCAAAUUACCAAGGUUACCGUCUAGGUUCCUUACUUCGUCAUCGCCACGAGAUUCGGCACUUUAUGUCUUUCCUCCAGAAUCAGGAUGCCAGUGUUCAUCUGACAUGUUGGCUGGAUUUGGAGCAGUACAGGAGGACUCCUCAGCGGGACAAGGCUGUCAAACAAGAGAGGUCCUCUCACAUUGCAACCAAAUACCUCAACAGGAAGUACUUCUUUGGUCCUGACAGCCCUGCCUCCACACAACAACAGAAUGAUAUAAUGCAUCUGGCAGGUGGACUGGAGCGUCUGAAGUUGGAGUGUCUGUCAAAUGUGGUUGUUGUGGAGAUCCAGGACAUCGUCAGGCAUCACAUUGAGAAAACAUGGCUGCCUCAGUUUCUGUCCACAGCAGAGUUCACAGAGCGACAGAAACACAAACCAAAGGUUACUGACACAGCUGUGAAGCUUCUGUAACAGGAGUCAUCAAGAUGUGUUGGAGGGUGGAAGCAGGCUGAGGGUUUAUGGAUGAGUUCUUCCAAAGAGAUUCUCCUGUUUCGACAGAUCUUACUCAACCCUGUCACCUGUCUGCAAUUCCAGCACUUUGUCUCCCUGAAGGGAGACUUCCUGGAGAACGACAUGCUCUUUUGGUUGGAGGUCCAGAGGUAUAAGGACCUUUGUCACUCUCACAGCGACGAGGCCACCAUCCAGCAGAAGAUCUCCACCAUCAUCAACUGUUUUAUCAAUUCGUCCAUGCCCCCCAGUCUGCAGAUAGACAUCCCUCCUGAGCAGGCCCAGCACAUUCUGGAGAAACGCCACAAGCUCGGCCCUUACAUCUUCAGAGAAGCACAGAUGUCAGUGUUCAGUGAACUGCUGAAGGUGGAUGAGAGGAGGAGAGCCCAGGAAGAGCAGGAGUCAGACGAAUCCAGUUGUAGAGAGGAGGAGGACAUGGGCAAUGUAGAAGAAGAACGAGAGGGGAGAAGUGGAAAAAAGCAGUGGAGGACACAGAGCAGAGUGCUGCCGUCUCCCACACAGCCGCUGUCGUGGUCCUACUCCAAGUACAUGGCAGCUCUGAAGAGGGAGGAGGUGCUGCUGAGGAAAAAGAGUCAGCUGGAAGCAUCGUUCUCCACUGCCUCAGACUCCUCCUCUUACUGCAGUGUCAACUCAGCAGGCAGCAAGCACAGCCACAGGCAGUCACAUCGCUCCUCAACAGCAGACAGUAAACAGUGUCACAGAUAUAACAGAGGUUUAAGAGCCUGCAACAUGAAAUGAAACCAAAGCUCAGGGUGGCUGACAGCGACAAAGGUUGAGGCUGGGUUUAUAGAUGAUGUAAG